UUCGGGGUGCCCCGGUCAGUGUGUCAAUGUUUGUUUUAUGUGCCUAGGCCGAAAGUUGUUCCAUCGCCAGAGGAUGGCCAUCGGUGGUGGCUCUGUUUUCAAUCCGAGAGGUUUCUCGCUUUAAUGGCUUAUUGAUUUUACUUUGCCGCUAAUGAGCACAAGCCAGUGAGCUUCGCUGCCCAUUAGGAGGACUCACUCACUUCUCACUCGACAUGCUGACGGACAAGUUCCUCCGACUGCAGACCGCUUUCUUUCGCCUUCUCGGACUCGAAUUGUUGCACGAACAGGAUGUUGGCCAUCGAUAUCCUUGGCGCAGCAUCUGCUGCAUCCUCUCGGUGGCCAGCUUCAUGCCCCUGACCAUCGCAUUUGGCCUGCAAAACGUCCAAAAUGUGGAGCAAUUAACCGACUCACUCUGCUCGGUUCUCGUGGAUUUACUGGCCCUGUGCAAAAUCGGAAUUUUCCUUUGGCUUUACAAGGACUUCAAGUUUCUAAUAGGGCAGUUUUAUUGUGUUUUGCAAAGGGAAACUCACUGCGCUAUUGCUGAAAUGAUAGUGACCAGGGAAAGUCGUCGGGAUCAGUUCAUCAGUGCUGUGUAUGCCUACUGUUUUAUUACGGCUGGCCUUUCUGCCUGUCUGAUGUCCCCUCUGUCCAUGCUGUUCAGCUACCAACGAACAGGUGAAUUGCAGCCGGACUUUCCCUUUCCCAGUGUAUAUCCCUGGGACAAUAUGAAGCUGUCCAACUACAUAAUUUCCUAUUUCUGGAAUGUGUGUGCUGCAUUGGGCGUGGCACUGCCCACCGUUUGUGUGGACACACUGUUCUGUUCUUUGAGCCAUAAUCUCUGUGCCCUGUUCCAGAUUGCCAGGCACAAAAUGAUGCACUUCGAGGGCAGGAAUUCGAAAGAGACUCGUGAGAACUUAAAGCACGUGUUUCAACUAUAUGCGGUGUGCUUGGACCUGGGCCAUUUCUUAAACGAAUACUUCAGACCGCUCAUCUUCGCCCAGUUUGUGGCAGCCUCACUGCACUUGUGUGUCCUGUGCUACCAACUGUCUGCCAAUAUCCUGCAGCCAGCGUUACUCUUCUAUGCCGCAUUUACGGCAGCAGUUGUUGGCCAGGUGUCCAUAUACUGCUUCUGCGGAUCGAGCGUCCAUUCGGAGUGUCAGCUAUUUGGCCAGGCCAUCUACGAGUCCAGCUGGCCCCAUCUGCUGCAGGAAAACAUGGAGCUUGUAAGCUCCUUAAAAAUCGCCAUGAUGCGAUCGAGUCUGGGAUGUCCCAUCGAUGGUUACUUCUUUAAAGCCGACCGGGAGACGCUCAUCACGAUUGUGCGCACUGCCAUAUCCUAUGUAACACUACUCAGAUCCCUGGCCUAGCUGACCGGCCUUUCAUUAUUCAGAGGGAGUCGUACUGGUUUGUUUAAGUCCGGAAAUAUUUACAAUUAUGCUUUAAGCCGGUGUUGUUACAGCCAGUUGGCUAAUUAAGCCAUGUUAAUGGCAAUAACUGCUAUGGGAAACCAGUGCCUGCGCCUGUUAAUGCCUUUUGCAUUAUUGGCCUUGCUCGCAACGCCAUCAGGACAUUGAACGCACGUAUACGUAAUAUUUGCUGUCGCCCGCUGU